CAGCAGCUCCAACACAGCUCUGUCACCACGGGACCCUUACACAAGCAGCCUACAUGAUUAUGGAUUUUCUCAGUGAUAAGUUUGCCCUGAAGAGCCAGCCCGUUAAAAACAGCGACUUCUACAUGGGAGCGGGGGGCACAUUGGAGCACGUUAUGGAAAGCUUGGACAAUGAGCCCUUUUACAGUAAGAACCCGGGCAAUAAGUGUGCUGUACAGGCCUUCAAUGCCAUCCAGAGGAAUGAGCACCAUGUGAGGAUAGACAGGAGCUCUCCCUGCCAAGACAGCAAUGUGAACUAUGGCAUCACCAAAGUGGAGGGCCAGCCUCUUCACACGGAGCUCAGCAGACCCCUGGAAACCUGCUGCAGCAUGCGAGUGUCUCCAGUGAAGGCAAUGCAGGACAAAGGGGAGCUGGACGAGCUGGCCGACAAAUGUGACAGCAAUGUGUCCAGCAGUAAGAAGAGGAGGCACCGCACCACCUUCACCAGCCUGCAGCUGGAGGAGCUCGAGAAGGUUUUCCAGAAGACCCAUUACCCUGAUGUCUAUGUCAGGGAACAGCUAGCCCUGAGGACCGAGCUGACUGAGGCCAGAGUACAGGUUUGGUUCCAAAACCGCAGAGCUAAGUGGAGAAAGAGAGAACGUUAUGGUCAGAUACAACAAGCCAAAAGCCACUUUGCUGCCACUUAUGAUAUCUCUGUCCUGCCCAGGAGUGAAAGCUACCCACAGAUUCAGAACAACUUGUGGACGGGGAAUCCAACUGGAGGAUCUGUGGUGACGUCCUGUAUGCUGCCUCGAGAACCUUCUUCUUGUAUGUCCCCUUAUUCUCACUCUCCUCGUACAGAUUCUUCAUAUGCCAGCUUCACAAAUCACCAGAAUCAGUUCAGUCAUAUGCCACUUAACAAUUUCUUCACUGAAUCAUUAUUAUCAGGAUCUACAAAUGGACAUUCCUUUGAACCUAAACCUGAGUUUGAAAGGCGGUCAUCCAGUAUUGCCGUUCUCCGAAUGAAAGCUAAAGAACACACAGCCAAUAUUUCAUGGGCUAUGUAAAUUUGACUGUUCCUUAACAAUUCAAGUGGAUACACUAUAUUUUGUAAUAUUUAACAAUGUAUAA